AUGUCCUUUCAAGUAUUGAAAAAAUUGACCUUCAUUAGAUCUUCAUUUUUGCUACGAUUCCAGUCCACCAUUAAUGUAAUUGAUAAGGGAACGCUUAAGCAACUUCCACCUUCCCUUUUGGAAAAAGCAAAGGACUAUACUAUAAAGUUAUAUGCGCUCGAUGACCUAAUAUCCAAUGGAACCAUUUUGGAACAUGAACAGCAGAAGCUAUACACUAGAUUGAAAAGCAUAAAUACCUCUUUACUACAAUAUGAGAAGUGUAUAUAUGAAUUUGGAGAAUUGAACCUAUUGAUGAAGGAUCCCAGUCUGAAACAAGAGGCAGAGGUCGAGCUGAAUAAUUUAGUGCCCAAAUUGAAUAAAAAUUCUGAAGAUCUCUUGCGUAAGCUUCUCCCAAGACAUCCGUUUGCAGAUAAAUCCUGCCUCAUUGAGCUUCGACCAGGUGUCGGAGGAAUCGAAGCAAUGAUUUUUACGCAAGAUUUAUCAAAUAUGUACAUCAAUUAUGCUCAUAAGCAUGGCUGGCCAUGUAGUAUAGUGUCCCAACAAGAAAACGUUAGUGGAUCUGGGCUGAUAAGUUCGAUCCUAAGUAUUGAUGAGCCAGGUUCUUUCGAUAAGCUAAAAUAUGAGGCAGGCGUCCAUAGAGUUCAAAGGAUCCCCGCCACAGAAACUAAGGGAAGGACACAUACAUCGACAGCUGGUGUCGUCGUUCUUCCUCAAAUGGAUAAUGACGUCGAUGUUGAGGCUCAAGAGAGAAAAUUCAAGCCGGGAGAAAUUAGAAUUGACAUAAAGAGAGCAAGUGGGAAAGGUGGACAGCAUGUGAACACAACUGAUUCUGCUGUAAGGAUCACACAUAUACCAACAAAUAUUGUUGUGCAUAUGCAAGAUGAAAGGUCGCAGCAUAAAAAUAAGGCUAAGGCAUUUACCAUAUUGAGAGCCAGAAUUGCAGAAUUAGAAAACAAACAAAGGGAGGACAAAGAAAGGGAGCGGAGAAAAGAACAAGUGACUAGCACUGAUAGAUCCGAUAAGAUCAGAACCUACAAUUAUCCACAGAACAGAAUUACAGACCAUCGGUGCGGUUUGACAAUGCAUGACAUUGCCUCCGUGAUGUCAGGUGAACGUCUGGACGUUAUAAUCGACGCAAUGGAGUCGAGAGAGAUAGAAUUACAGUCUAAACGGUUAUUGGAGUCCAAAUAG